GAAUAAUUUUUUCCUUCGAGAAGAUCAGGGCAAGGAAAUUAGGAAAGCAUAAAGAGCCGUCGGCCAUGACUGAAAUUUUUUCGAGAAGUUGCCCAAUCCUGGCGCAACGGCGUCGGACUUUGGCUUUUUCGGCAACUAUCGACGCCUUCAGGGAUAGCUUUUGAACUUGGCUGAGGAGGCGGGAAUCUGAAACUAAAUUAGGUAUUUUGGGAAUUGAGAUCGAUAGCGAUGGCGUGGUUUCGAGCUGCUUCUGGUGUGGCAAAGUUAGCUCUUAGGAGAAACUUAGCCCAAACGAGAUCCUAUGUGACGAGGACGCGGGUGCUUCCGUCUCAGAGCCGGUACUUUCACUCUACUGUCGUUGCGUCGAAGGCGCAGGCUGCACCCGUUCCUCGUCCUGUGCCCCUCUCAAGGUUGACCGAUAGCUUUCUAGAUGGUACGAGCAGCGUUUACCUAGAGGAGCUGCAGAGGGCUUGGGAAGCCGAUCCCAAUAGCGUGGAUGAGUCAUGGGACAAUUUUUUCAGAAAUUUCGUUGGUCAGGCUGCCUCGUCGCCUGGAAUCUCAGGCCAAACUAUCCAGGAGAGUAUGCGGUUAUUGUUGCUCGUGAGAGCUUACCAGGUUAAUGGUCACAUGAAAGCCAAGUUGGAUCCCCUGGGCUUGGAAGAACGUGAGAUCCCCGGCGAUUUGGACCCUGCUCUUUAUGGGUUCAUUGAAGCUGAUCUGGACAGGGAGUUCUUCCUUGGGGUUUGGAGGAUGGCUGGAUUCUUGUCCGAAAACCGCCCUGUGCAAACCCUUCGAUCCAUACUAACCCGGCUUGAGCAAGCCUACUGUGGGAGCGUUGGCUAUGAAUACAUGCAUAUUGCCAAUCGUGAUCAGUGUAACUGGUUGAGGGAUAAGAUUGAGACUCCAACCCCGAGGCAGUACAACCAGCAGCGACGUGAAGUCAUGCUUGAUAGGCUUAUAUGGAGCACACAGUUUGAGAACUUCUUGGCCACAAAAUGGACAGCUGCAAAGAGGUUUGGUCUCGAAGGUGGAGAAACUUUGAUACCUGGGAUGAAGGAGAUGUUUGACAGAUCUGCAGAUCUUGGGGUCGAGACCAUUGUUAUUGGGAUGUCACACAGAGGGAGACUGAAUGUUUUGGGUAAUGUUGUUCGGAAGCCACUUGCUCAAAUUUUCAGCGAGUUCAGUGGUGGUACAAAGCCUGUUGAUGAGGUUGGCCUUUACACGGGGACUGGUGAUGUCAAGUACCACUUGGGUACCUCUUAUGACCGGCCGACGAGGGGUGGGAAUAGAAUCCAUCUAUCUUUGGUUGCGAAUCCUAGUCACUUGGAAGCUGUAGACCCUGUUGUGGUUGGAAAAACUCGCGCUAAACAAUACUACUCCAAUGAUGUAGAGAGGACCAAAAAUUUGGCUGUGUUAAUUCAUGGGGAUGGAAGCUUUGCAGGACAAGGAGUUGUCUAUGAGACUCUGCAUCUCAGUGCUCUUCCAAACUACUCAACUGGUGGGACGAUCCACAUUGUGGUUAACAAUCAGGUGGCCUUCACUACUGAUCCGAGGUCUGGGAGAUCUUCACAGUAUUGUACUGAUGUAGCUAAAGCCUUGAAUGCUCCUAUUUUCCAUGUAAAUGGUGAUGAUUUGGAGGCAGUUGUACAUGUCUGUGAACUUGCAGCAGAGUGGCGCCAGACAUUCCAUUCUGAUGUGGUGGUUGACAUUGUAUGUUAUCGUCGAUUUGGGCACAAUGAGAUUGAUGAACCAUCUUUCACUCAGCCUAAAAUGUAUAAGGUCAUUCGAAAUCAUCCAUCAGCUCUGGAGAUUUACCAGAAGAAGCUCCUGGAAUCUGGGCUGGUCACUCAAGAAGAUAUUGACAGGAUACACAGCAAGGUUAACACCAUUCUCAACGAAGAAUUUUUGAACAGCAAAGACUAUGUCCCAAAGAGAAGGGAUUGGCUUUCAGCUUAUUGGUCUGGAUUUAAAUCACCUGAACAGAUUUCUCGUAUCCGUAACACUGGGGUUAAACCAGAGAUACUGAAGAAUGUUGGCAAAGCAAUCACAACCCUUCCUGAAACUUUCAAACCUCACCGUGCUGUGAAGAAGAUAUUUGAGCAGCGUUCUCAGAUGAUUGAAACAGGAGAAGGCAUUGAUUGGGCAGUUGGGGAAGCACUUGCUUUUGCUACAUUGCUAGUGGAGGGUAAUCAUGUCAGGUUGAGUGGUCAGGAUGUUGAGAGAGGUACAUUUAGUCACCGUCAUUCAGUACUUCAUGAUCAGGAAACAGGGGAUAAGUACUGCCCCCUGGACCAUGUUAUUGCAAACCAAAAUGAGGAGAUGUUUACCGUCAGCAACAGCUCUCUUUCAGAGUUUGGUGUCCUUGGAUUUGAGUUGGGAUAUUCAAUGGAAAAUCCAAAUUCAUUGGUAAUUUGGGAAGCUCAGUUUGGCGAUUUUGCAAAUGGGGCUCAGGUGAUCUUUGAUCAGUUUGUGAGCAGUGGAGAGUCAAAGUGGCUGCGACAAUCAGGGCUUGUUGUGCUGCUUCCUCAUGGAUAUGAUGGCCAGGGCCCUGAACAUUCAAGUGCACGAUUGGAGCGUUUUCUUCAGAUGAGUGAUGAUAACCCCUAUAUGAUACCUGAGAUGGAUUCGACACUGCGCAAGCAGAUCCAGGAGUGCAAUUGGCAGAUUGUUAAUGUAACAACCCCUGCCAACUAUUUCCAUGUUUUGCGACGUCAGAUACAUAGGGAAUUUCGGAAACCACUCAUUGUGAUGGCUCCUAAAAAUCUGCUUCGGCACAAGGACUGCAAAUCAAAUUUAUCCGAGUUCGAUGAUGUACAAGGCCACCCAGGUUUUGACAAGCAAGGGACCCGUUUUAAGCGCCUUAUUAAAGACCAGAAUCUCCACUCUGAUCUUGAGAAUGGCAUCAGACGCUUGGUUCUUUGCUCUGGAAAGGUUUAUUAUGAGAUUGAUGAAGAGCGGAAGAAAGUUGAUGCAAAGGACGUUGCUGUCUGCAGGGUGGAACAGCUCUGCCCUUUCCCAUAUGAUCUCAUCCAGAGAGAACUGAAGCGAUAUCCAAAUGCGGAGGUUGUGUGGUGCCAGGAAGAGUCAAUGAACAUGGGCGCAUAUAAUUACAUUGCACCUCGGCUUUGCACCGCUAUGAGGGCAUUGGGCAGAGGGUCCAUGGAGGACAUCAAAUACGUUGGGCGUGCCCCAUCUGCUGCUACGGCCACUGGUUUCUAUUCAAUGCACGUGAAAGAGCAGUCGGAGCUUGUACAGAAGGCCAUGCAACAGGAGCCAAUCAAUUAUCCUUACUGAUUGAAAGAAAAUUCCAGAACUGUGAGCCAAUCUUAAAAAAAUAAUGAUGCCUGGGAGGAUCCUAACAUGGUAGAUGCUUU